UUCAGUGUGUUUAAUUUCAGGCUGACUAUGCUGUACAAGAGAGACUGGGAGGAGUUAUGAUAUGGAGUGUAGAAACAGACGACUUCUUAGGAAAGUGUAAUGGUGUCAAGUACCCUCUGCUCAUUGCAGUAAAUACCGUGUUAUUUGGUGGAGUCACUGUUACAGAGACCCCAUCAACAUCAGAAUCAACAACAUCUAAGCAGCCAGAACAUACUACUACAAGAGCUACCAUAUCCCCGUCAGAAUUAACUACAGCUACUACAGCUGCUACCACUACUGCAUCAACACCUGCAGGCACUAAUCCUGCCAACCCAACUGAAGGUCCAGCUGCCUCAACAGCUGCACCUUCUGAUCCAUCUCAACUGUGCACCCGAGAAGGUUUCAUGAGAGAUCCGUAUGACUUGCGGGUUUUCUACCAAUGCCUGCAACAUGAUGGCAAAUUUUAUGGCUUUCGUUUCGAGUGUCCUGCUGAGCUCAUAUUUGAUACAUCAUUAAAUGUGUGUAAUUGGAAAUAUGCAGUCAAAAUCUGACAGUUAUGAAGGCAAAUUAUUUACAUUGCAAAUCUCAUCACAUAGUGUGGUUAGUUCAGCAGAACCUACUUUUGAAAUUCAAUGAAUGGAGUUUCUAUGUAGAUUUUAUCACCUCUAUAAAUAUACAGCAUCUUACCGGAAGACAGUCUUUCUUUUAUCUUCCUUAUACGCGUAGAAAAAACUCUGUUACAAAGAUUCAAAGAAAAGAGGUUACCCAAGUAUAACUGUAGUAUUGUACAAUAAUAACAUCAUUUACAGAGAUUAAAAAAUAGACUGUCCUAGUAUAACUAUGGUAUAGUAUAAUAAAAACAGAAAAAGAAGAACAAUAUAUAUAUGUAUAUAUAUAUGUGUGUUAGUUAUUCAAUGAUCAAACAUUUUAUGUCUUUUUUUUUGGACAUAUGAUUGAUGUAGGAAAGUAGUGCAUAAAUAAAUUCCAUUGCAAUUAUU